AUGCCAGUGAGGAGCACGCGGAGGGAUUCAACCCGCCGCCAGGGACCUGUCGUGCUCCUCCGCCCCGCCGAGGCCACACACGAGCUCCUCCCCGCGCCGCUGGGGCAUCCACCGUACAAGCUCCUCCCGGCCGCGGCCACGCAAGAACUCCUCCGCCGGGGGCGUCCACCGCGCGAGCUCCUCCCGCCGCGGUCUCGAGCUCCUCUGCCGCGGGCACGACCUCAUCCGCACACCACCGAGGCCUCCAUCGCGCGAGCUCCUCCCGCGCCGACGAGGCGACCACCGCGCGAGCUCCUCCCCGCGCCGCCGAGGCGUCCACCGCGCGAGCUCAUCCCCACGCCGCCGAGGCGUCCACCGCGCGAGCUCAUCCCCACGCCGCCGAGGCGUCCACCGCGCGAGCUCCUCCCGCCGCGGUCUCCGGUGACACUUGCAGGGCAGCCACCACACAGGAGCUCGUCUCCGCCGCUUGUGAUGUGA